CCGCUUGUCAUCUUUUCGUCAUCGCAUUCUUUUUUUUAAAGAACUGUGGCAUUCCCAAGCAGUCAUUGUGAAGUCCGUUGCUACACGCUCGUUCCUUGCCUCCAGGAAAAUGUCCCGCUACACGACGCGCAAAGCCCUCGACGGGCUAACGUCCUCGAGCCGCCUACCUUCUUGCACGCAGAGACAGAGGUCGACCCGCGCUUUCGCGACAGCUGCCCCCGCCGCACCGAAGGCCAAGAGCCACAAGAUUGUCGUCGUCGGCGGUGGAAGUGCUGGACUCAACGUCGGCCACCAGCUCCUUCGUUCCGGCAAAUUCAAAGCGAAAGAGAUCGCAUUGAUAGACCCGGCUAAAUGGCACCACUAUCAGCCAGGUUGGACGCUGGUUGGCGGUGGUCUCGCGAACAAGGAGAGCUUACGACGGCCGAUCCAAGAGCUUGUGAGCCCUCAGCUUUCAUUCUACAACGACGCCGUGGACAAGUUUGCUCCGAAAGAGAACCAGGUCAGCCUUCGCACCGGUGACAAGCUUAGCUACGAGCACCUGAUCGUCUGUCCCGGAAUCACAAUCAAGUACGACAACAUCAAGGGCCUUCCUGAAGCUCUUGCGAACCCCGAAUCCAUGGUGUCCACCAUUUACGGCUACGACACCUGCGACAAGGUGUUCCCUAAUAUCAAGAAACUGUCUAAGGGCAAGGCCGUGUUCACGCAGCCCACGGGCUUGGUUAAGUGCGCUGGCGCACCGCAGAAAAUCAUGUGGCUCGCGUUGGAUCACUGGAAGAAGGCGGGGCUGUACAACGCAAAGGAUCCGCAGUCCCCAAUUCACAUCACCUUCGCCACCGCUCUCCCCACCAUGUUCGGGGCGCCAAAGUACAGCAAGAGACUGGAGGAGCUGAGGCAAGAGAGAGGCGUCGAGGCCCUGUUCCAGCACGACCUUGUCGAAAUCGACGGAAACACGGCAGUCUUUGCUGAUCUCAAGUCCAAUCAACGUGUGAAGCGCAACUUCGACUUCAUGCACGUCGUGCCAAAGAUGGGACCGCACGCGUUCGUCAAAGACAGCGAGUUGGCAAACGAAGCGGGGCUCGUCGACGUGGACGAAGCAACGACACGUCACAAGAAAUUCUCAAACGUGUGGUCCAUCGGCGACGCAUCCAGCCUGCCGACUUCAAAGACAGCGGCUGCCAUCACGGCCCAGGCUCCAAUCAUGGUCAAGAACCUCUUGUGCGCCAUGGAGGGCAAGCCAAUCUCGGCAACGUACGAUGGCUACACAUCGUGCCCCAUACCCACGGAGUAUGGCAAGCUCAUGCUUGCUGAGUUCAAGUACGGCGGUGAUCCCAAGGAGACGUUCAACUUUUUUGGCCUUGUUGAUCAGGGAACACCGCGGCGACCAUUCUAUUACCUGAAGAAAGACUUCUUCCCCUGGAUUUACUACAAGUCCAUGGUCAAGGGAACGUGGGGUGGGGCCAAGGGUUGGAUAUCCGCUCCGAAGGCAUGAUUUGCAGGGUGUUACUGAACAAUUGCUUUACCAAUGCGGAUAGACCACAUUCUUGAUGGCAUGUGGAGUCAAGAAAAGUUUUUGCAUGUAUUAGUAUAUUCUUGGAAUGUUGUUUAGAUAAAUAACAAUUUCCAAGAUUGCUCGCACGAGCAGCAAUGUUGCCAGUUAUCUAAGUCAAGCCAUUUAGUAAGCUUUUCUGUACACCCGACACAGUCCAUCCUGCGCCCACUUUGCCAAAAAAAAAAAUAAUAAAAAUCA